CUCGGACUUGUUACCCCUGUAUACCCCUGUCUGAUUACUACCGUAUGUUUACCUAUGAGCAUAAAAGCGUAAGUUCGCCUUAGCUCUCCUUAUUCUUCUUGGUGCCUAACAUCAUUCCCUCCAUAACGCUGCAAUCUCCCGCACGAAACAACCUAGGACUUAACAACAUAACGCACCAGUCUUAUUGGAGCCAAUCAACCCCAUCCGCCAUAGAAAGAGAACCUAACGUUAUGUAUAGGUGUAACCAAAUAUGCAGUCAGGCCACAAGAUCUACCUGCACGCCAGCCUCGGCGCCCCACGCGCGCACCACUCCCUCUUCGUCGAGACCAAUGCUCAAACCGGCACCGGACACUUAUACCACGUAACCGGCAACAUCCAGUCCGGGAUGGUGUACGCUCCACGCCCGGAGCUGCAUCCCUUGGCAUCCCCCGAGUUCCAGAGACGCAAACUCCUCGGCUAUGUACCGGAGAGCGAGUACCACCGGGUCGACGAGAUAUGCCGCUCCGUUGAGCCGCCUGCGAAGCAGUUCGAUGGCGCGAGGCCGUUGGUGCCAAGGGAUAGGCUGAGGGCGCUGUCAGGAGUGGACUGCUGAGGUUGUGGAGUUGUUGAGGAAGGAGAAGGUGUUGAUUGGGGAGGAAGGGGAGUGGGUUGGCAGGGAGGAGAUGGAGGAGGCGCUUGUAGACAGUGAUAAUACAGGGGAUCCUCCGCCGAGGAAGAGUACAAACUGGCCUCCUAUGAGUCCAACGCAUAUAGUCUAACGACCUGUGCGAUAUACUUUACCGAUGGCCCUGAUGGAGAAGGGGACGAGGAGUAAACUCUUGGUAAAACCUUCUGCAGUGGUAUGCUGGGGUUGCCCAAGCUCGUAAGCAGGGUCGCUUUGACUGGGCUCUGUGGGUAAGACAAAAUGGGCAUGAAAUUGCCGCCCAAGAGGCGUGGAGGAAGGAGGAAGGUGAGCUUCGGAAGUGUAGGAUGAUGCAGGACAGCACCUACAACCUACUAUGAAAGGCAAUUUAACUUACACGUAUCAAGCCCCUUCUACUUCCGUUGCCCUUGGCGGCAUCAAGGCCAUGAAAACGUUGUGGCAAG